AUGAGCUGCUCACCGCUUCCUAGCAUCACCUGUGACGCGCAGUCUGGUCAGAUGCCACGGGCACACAGCAAGAGGCAGAUGAGGCUUGUCAAGGACCUCGAUCCCUCCAUUGGACUGACCCCAUGGAACUGCUCCCUGUGCUACAAUGAUCCCAAUGCUGCCACGGUGUACGGCGUUGAGCGUUGGGAUGGGUUGGGCCAGAGGGCAGCAAGCCUAAUCAACUUCAUGGCGCUGGCAGCCCAUCUGAAGCUCAAUUUUGGUGGCCUCCUGCCGAACCCUUCGGAGAGGGAGCACGGGGUGUACAUCCCCAAGUGCAUGACGCAGCUUUUUGGAACCAACUACAAGGAACUUCGAAGAUUCGCUCCCGAGCCCCACUUCGACAUUUGCCUCUUCGGGCCAGAGGCCAUCCAAGAGAGCAUUCUCAUCGAAGAGUGCGGCAAUGGCCGGGAGUUUGUGGACUACCUGACGCCGGACUUUCAAGAGCGGCUCCGGCAAUCGACCGGACUCCAACGAUCGGGGGCCUUCCACUUCGCCGGGCCAGCUGUCAAAGUCGCUGUGCAUGUUCGCCGCGGUGACUUGACCAACCGGGAACAUUGGGCACAUCGAAAUGUGGCAGAUGAGAUUUACAUGGGGCUCAUUCAGGCAGUGCAGGAGGUCUUGGAGGAGUUGGGACGGAAGGCCGAGGUCCAUGUCUUCAGCUCCACCGAAGGUGGAAAAUUCUCCUCGGAGGACUUCGAUGGUUACAGGUCCAAGAAGAUGCAGGUGCACCUGAAUGGAAAGGAAAUCGAUGAUUGGACUCACAUGACCCAUGCCGAUGUCCUCAUCCAGGCCCCCAGUGCUUUCUCCUGGGUGCCCGGCGUCCUGAACUCCAAGUGCGUGCUGGCUUUCGACUCGUAUCCAAAGCCUCUGGAAGACUGGAUCGUGCAUACACAGGGCCAGCUUGACUUUGCCAACAAGCAGCAUCUGCGUGACUGUAUCUCCAAAAAGGUUUUUCCCUCCGGUGAAGUUUAA